UUUCUUCACACUAAGUAGUAAGGAGGCAGAGAAGACUGUCAGAGUAACGGACAAAGGGGAGCAGGGGGAGGAGGGGUGUGAGGCUCCUCUCCUCUCUUUCUAAGAGCAUUAACUCUAGAGCGUUCUGGUAGUGACAGGACUGUCAGGGUCAGAUGGCCCCUCAGCCUGAUUAGACCAGCUCACAGCAGAUCCUCAGCCCAGCACGCUGCCGUACAAGAGCAGAGCAGAGCAACAAACUGGCACACACAGCACGUCGCAGUGAUUACAACGCAGGCCAGAAGGGACAUGGAGAGGUGGACAGUUGAAUGUUUUUGUGGGACUGAGCUGUAGGGUGUUGCAGAGACGUGACACUGUGCUGCUGGACCAACAGCUAUCUUGGCCACUUGUAAGAAGGAAAAAGCUUAAAGCGAGUUGAUUUCAACAUUGGCAAAGAGCAAGAAGAACUCAAAUUGAAUCUUUUGGAGGGGACUUCAAAGAGCUAAGCGAACCCCUGGUUGAUGGAGUUUGUGCGGCAGAGUGGUGACUACUGCCACGCUCAACACGUUUAGAGGUCUGUCUGGGAUGAUGCCUCACCAUGAAGUUCUGGGUCCAUGAACUCUGAAAGACCACUGGCCUUUGCCCUGUGAAUCUACCAGCUAAUGGGGUAACAACAGGAGCUCCAACACCCAAAUUUAACUGGAGAAAAAAGGAAAGAGAGAGUGACUGAGAGAGACUAAGAAAGCCAGGAUCAGUGAAAGUCACAGAGAAACAAAGAGAGCUGGCACACAGCAGUCUCCCGGACCAUCAGAUCUAGUCAACAGAUGGGACAACAAUCCAGACAAAAGGACAUCACCGCUGGAAAGAUACUUUGAAACAUCAGAAAUAGACAGGAAGUGCAAACUCGCCUGGAGCUCAGUCUGGGUUGUGAACACAGUCACUAACUGUUACAUCUCGAGUUAAAGGUCAGAGGUCCUCCUGGGUUGUCAAAGGUUACACUAGCCACCAUGAACCGUCCAGCUCCAGUGGAACUGUCCCACAGGAACAUGAGAUUCCUCAUCACACACAACCCCACGGACAGUACUCUCAGCUCCUUUAUAGAGGACUUAAAGCGGUUUGGCGUGACCACUGUGGUUCGAGUUUGCGACAUCACGUAUGACAAAACACCAAUUGAAAAAGAUGGCAUUACUGUAGUGGACUGGCCUUUCGAUGAUGGAGCACCGCCACCUAGUAAAUUAGUUGAUGACUGGUUGAGUCUGCUGAAGAAGACGUUUCAAGAAGAUCCAGGAAGCUGUGUGGCUGUUCACUGUGUGGCUGGACUGGGAAGGGCUCCUGUCCUGGUUGCUUUGGCUUUGAUUGAAAGUGGAAUGAAAUAUGAAGAUGCAAUCCAGUUCAUCAGACAGAAACGACGAGGAGCCAUCAACAGUAAACAGCUCACCUAUUUGGAGAAAUAUCGAUCGAAGCACAGACUGCGUUUCAAAGACUCUCACACGCACAAGAACAAAUGUUGCACCAUGUAAACACACACACAGUCAUACAAACUCAUGCAUACAUGUUAUACACCUCAGCUAAAGUCUCAGGAAUCUUGACAUAAUUGGAAAACUCAUUUGUUUUUGGGACAAACCAAUGACAUAUUGGCCAUUUGGCCAUUCUCGGAAUGUCAACAGUUUCUUAAAUCUAAUUUAAUUUCUCGUCUUUCAAAGAUGAUUUGAUGGCAUUUUUGCUUCAACAUACUCAUUGGAGCAAAAAGGCAGAACACAGAGGUUAGGUUUCAGUUAAAUGUUGUGUGAUGAAAAAUCUAUUAAGGCUUCUCUCACCCAUUCAGACAUUCAAAAUCUUAAUUUUUGUGAUUUUUGGCUGGUCCUCAAACCUAAUGAAUUUAAUAUUUUCAAACUGGCAACACAUCACAUAAACAGUAAUUACUUUAUGUACAGUAAUUUGUUUAUGUAUUUAUUUUUAUGUCAUAGACAGAGACACUGUCUAAAAAAAAAUGUGUUGAGAUAAAAAAAUAUAUAUUUUGUGAAUCCGAAACAAAUUUUGGUUUUAAAAAUUUUAAUAUUUGUGCAGAACUACAAGAAAUAUGCAAUAUACAUCAUACUUUGUUGGAAUAUAUUGCACAUUUUUCCUGAAUAAUGCAUGUAAACACCUGCUUCUCGCACUUAAUGUAAGAAAAAAAAGCUUUUAGUUGACAAUAGGGAGUGCAGUAUUUAAGUUUUAUUAGAUUGCUUUGGUGGUCUCAUGUAAAAAUAAUCUAUAGCUUGAAUCUAAACCUGUGAGGAAACAUACAAGACAAAGGAAUGUAAUGUCGAGGUUAAGAAGAAUAAGAUUAAGUGCAGGUGAAAGAACAUUAUUCAUAUGAUGUGUGUGCAUGUGUUUGUUUGAGUGUGUGUGAGACUACUUGUCUUUAGAUUUGGUUCAUUGUUAGGCACCGUCAUAAACUGACAUUUUUUUAUGUAAAAAAAAGCUGUAAAUGUAUGUAAGUCUGUACAUUUUUGCAUUGUUUAAUAAAGGUUUCAUCAACAUGCUUUCAACAUAUCCUAUGUAUAUUUUUUUAUUUGCACCUUUCUGAGUUCAGUUUCAGUCAUGUCACUUAAUA